CCAUUUGAAAAGGUAUAGCUGCAUGAGACACUGCACUGGUUGCUGAUGUUGUCUGACGUUAAGUUUAUGUUAUCCGACAGCGACACAGAGGGCGAGUACAUUUCAAUUGAAUAGACUUCGAACCUAUGAAUUCAGUGAGAUUGGUCAUUACCUGAAUUCAUGACAACGGUGGUACUAACCCACCCGCGCUUGAGCGCGAGAGGGUUUAUUCACUUUUUCAAUACUGAAAGGGAAAGACACACCGCAGGGGCGCAAACAUUUGACUGUUCGGUUCAUGAUUCGUGAAGUGUUUCCAAAAUGUCUACGAAAGCAGAGCAAUUUGCCUCUAAGAUAAGAUACUUACAAGAGUAUCACAACCGGGUCCAGCAUAACAUUUACCCUGUGCCCUCCGGAACAGACAUCGCAAACACACUGAAAUACUUUUCCCAAACCCUGCUCAGCAUUCUGUCCCGCACAGGCAGGAAGGAGAACCAGGAAGCUUCCAAUUUGGCCGUGCCUAUGACCAUGUGUCUUUUUCCUGUGCCAUUCCCACUCACCCCAUCUCUAAGACCACAAGUCAGUUCCAUCAACCCUACAGUUACUCGCUCCCUCCUUUACAGCGUUCUGCGUGAUGCCCCGUCAGACCGCGGGGGGCAGGGGCAGCAAAGUCGGGAUGCUCAGCUCUCAGAGUACCCCUCUCUGGACUAUCAGGGGCUCUAUGUGACCCUGGUGACCCUGCUUGACCUGGUGCCACUGCUGCAGCACGGUCAGCAUGAUCUGGGACAGUCCAUAUUUUACACUACCACCUGCCUCCUACCUUUUCUCAGUGACGAUAUUCUCAGCACUUUGCCCUAUACUAUGAUAUCCACUUUAGCUACAUUCCCCCCUUUUCUGCACAAAGACAUCAUUGAGUACCUGAGCACCUCAUUCCUUCCUAUGGCUAUAUUGGGUUCGACCCGAAGAGAAGGAGGAGUCCCUGCGUAUGUCAAUCUGUCUGCCUCCUCAAUGCUAAUGAUUGCUAUGCAGUACACCUCAAACCCAGUCUACCACUGUCAGUUGUUGGAAUGUCUAAUGAAGCACAAGCAGGAGGUGUGGAAGGACCUGCUCUACGUGAUCUCCUACGGCCCCUCCCAGGUCAAGCCCCCUGCUGUGCAGAUGCUCUUCCACUAUUGGCCCAACCUGAAGCCCCCAGGAGCCAUCAGUGAAUACAGGGGACUGCAGUACACAGCCUGGAACCCCAUCCACUGCCAACACAUCGAGUGUCACAACGCCAUCAAUAAACCUGCCGUCAAGAUGUGCAUAGAUCCCACCCUCUCCGUUGCCCUUGGAGACAAGCCCCCCCCUCUCUACAUCUGUGAAGAGUGCAGCCAAAGAAUCGCAGGAGACCACGCUGAGUGGCUCGUUGAUGUUCUUCUGCCCCAAGCUGAGAUUUCGGCUAUUUGUCAAAAGAAGAACUGCAGCUCUCAUGUCAGGAGGGCGGUUGUCACCUGCUUCUCAGCUGGCUGCUGUGGGCGCCAUGGCAACCGUCCCGUCCGCUACUGCAAGCGUUGCCAUGUCAACCACCACAUCAGCGAGGUGGGGGCUGCGGCGGAGACCCAUCUGUACCAGACCUCCCCCCCGCCCAUCAACACCCGGGAGUGUGGAGCCGAGGAGCUGGUCUGCACCGUGGAGGCUGUGAUCAGCCUUCUGAAGGAGGCAGAGAUCCACGCGGAGCAGAGGGAGUUUGAGCUGACCAGGCGACGUCAGAUGGGCCUGUCUGCCUCCCACCACUCCCUGGACAACAUCGACUUUGACAACAAAGAGGAUGACCAGCACGACCAGAGGCUGCUCAGUCAGUUCGGCAUCUGGUUCCUGGUGAGCCUGUGCACCCCCAGCGAGAACACCCCCACAGAGAGCCUGGCGCGGCUGGUGAGCAUGGUGUUCCAGUGGUUCCACUCCACCGCCUACAUGCUGGACGACGAGGUGGGCAGCCUGGUGGAGAAGCUCAAGCCCCAGUUCGUCACCAAGUGGCUCAAGACCGUCUGCGACGUGCGCUUCGACGUCAUGGUGAUGUGCCUGCUGCCCAAGCCGGUGGAGUUCGCCAGGGCGGGGGGCUACUGGGACAAGUCAUGCAGCACGGUGACCCAGCUGAAGGAGGGGCUGAACCGCAUCCUGUGCCUGAUCCCCUACAACGUCAUCAGCCAGCCGCUCUGGGAGUGCUUCAUGCCCGAGUGGCUGGAGGCCAUCCGCACUGAGGUGCCCGACAACCAGCUGAAGGAGUUCAGAGAAGUCCUCAGUAAGAUGUUCGACAUCGAGCUGUGUCCAUUGCCCUUCUCCAUGGAGGAGAUGUUUGGUUUCAUCAGCUGUAGAUUCUCAGGGUACCCGGCGUCUGUGCAAGAGCAGGCUCUGCUCUGGCUGCAUGUGCUGUCUGAGCUGGACAUCGUAGUUCCUCUGCAGCUGCUGAUCGGGAUGUUCUCUGACGGGGUGAACUCUGUGAAGGAGCUGGCCAAUCAAAGGAAGACCCGGGCCUCAGAGCUGACGGAGAAUCCGGGGGCGCGGAGGGUGAGCGUGGUGUCAGACCCAGGCCGUCGCGGCCUCACCCUCAGCCCCUUCCCCAGCCCCUUCAGGAGCCCCCUGUACAGCAGCCCCUUCAAGAACCUGGGCCACGCCACCGGGCACUGCGCCCUGGACCUGGACUGCGAUGAUGACGACAUGAACCUAGGCUGCUUCAUCCUCAUGUUCGACCUCAUCCUCAAACAGAUGGAGCUGCAUGACGAGGGCGUGAUGCUGGGUUUGGAGAGCAGCCUGGGGAAAGAUGUGGUGGGCAUCAUCAACAACGUGUUCCAGGCCCCCUGGGGUGGCUCACACACCUGUCAGAAGGACGAGAAGGCCCCAGAGUGCAGCCUGUGCCAGUCCAGCAUCCUGUGCUACCAGCUGGGCUUUGAGCUCCUGGAGAGACUCACCCCCGGAGAGGAGAUACGGCUGGUGGAACCUACAGACAGUCUGGAGGACACUCUGUUGUUGCCCCAGACAGAGUUCUACCUGGGCUCGGAGCACAGGGCGGAGGAAGGAGACAACUCCAACGAUACGCACACCGACACCCCCAGCGACCCCUCCCUCGACAACCCACCACUGAAGAAUAAUGCUGAUAAGAAGUUCUCUUACCAGGAGCUACCAGUGUCUCUGAAGCUCAUUUACACAAUUCUGCAGGACAUGUCAAAGUUCGAGGAGCCGGACAUUCUGUUCAACAUGCUGAACUGUCUGAAGAUCCUGUGUCUGCAUGGAGAGAGUCUCUACCUGGCUCGGAAGGACUACCCCCAGUUCCUGGCCUACAUCCAGGAGAAGAUGCUCAUCCCCAGCUUGUGGUCCAUGCUGAAGUCCGAGUUCUGCCAGCUGGCUUCGCUGGCAGUGCCCCAGCUCCUCCACGCCCUGUCCCUCUCCCACGGUGCAGACAUCUUCUGGAACCUGGUCGACAGCAACUUCAACAGCAAAGACUGGAAGACACGCUUCGAAGCAGUGGAGAAGGUGGCGGUUCUGUGUCGCUUCCUGGACAUCGGCUCCGUCACCAAGAACCACCUGCUGAAGUACUCUCUGGCCCACGCCUUCUGCUGCUUCCUGGCGUCCGUGGAGGACGUGAACCCGGCCGUGGCCACCAGGGCCAGGCUGCUGCUGGACACCAUCAAGAGACCAGCGCUGCAGGGACUGUGUCUGUGCCUGGAUUUCCAGUUUGACACAGUUGUGCGCGACCGGCCCAUCAUCCUCAGCAAACUGCUGAUGCUGCACUUCCUGAAGCAGGAAGUACCAGCUCUCAGCUGGGAGUUCUUCGUCAACCGGUUUGAAACGCUGUCACUGGAGGCCCAGUUACACCUGGACUGCAACAAGGAGUUCCCUUUCCCCACCACUAUCACAGCCGUGCGCACCAACUUAGCGAACCUCAGCGAUGCGGCGAUGUGGAAGAUCCGACGCGCCCGCUUUGCAAGGAACCGUCAGAAGAGCGUGCGCUCGUUACGGGACAGCGUGAAGGGCCCGUUUGAGUCCAAACGGGCUUUCUCUCUCCCCGAGACGCUGAGCAACCGAAUACCUUUAAGGCUUACGAGGCAAGAGCACUCGGCCCCGACUCUGGGAGAUAUGAUAGAGAAAAUCCUGCCAGCCCGCUUUUUCCCGUCCUGUAACCCUGACGCCUCAGCCCCUCUCCCAGGCCACACCCCCUCCCUCGAGGACGACUCCCUCAUCAGGGACCUGCUCCCUGAGGACGCGGGUAUCGACCACCAGACUGUGCACCAGCUGAUCAUGGUGCUGAUGAAGUUCAUGGCCAAGGACCAGAGCAGCGCAGAGGCUGACAUCGGCAGCGCCAAGGCCUUCAACACGGUGAAGAGGCACCUGUACGUCCUGCUGGGGUACGACCAGCAGGAGGGCUGCUUCAUGAUCGCUCCCCAGAAGAUGCGUACCUCCACCUGCUUCAACGCCUUCAUCGCUGGCAUCGCACAGGUGAUGGACUACAACAUUGGCCUGGGCAAGCAGCUGCUCCCCCUGGUGGUGCAGGUGUUGAAGUACUGCACCUGUCCUCAGCUCCGUCACUACUUCCAGCAGCCCCCCCGCUGCUCUCUCUGGGCCCUCAAGCCCCACAUCAGGCAGAUGUGGCUCAAAACCCUGCUGGUCAUUCUCUACAAGUACCCCUACAAGGACAUGGAUAUGAGUAAGGUGGUCCUCCAUCUGAUCCACAUCACCAUCAACACCCUGAACGCCCAGUACCACAGCUGCAGGCCCCACGCCGCGGCCGGACCCCUCUACAGCGACAACUCCAACAUCAGCCGCUACAGCGAGAAGGAGAAGGAGGAAGACAGUGUGUUCGACGAGUCGGAUGUCCACGACACCCCGACCGGAGCGGGGAACAAGGAGUCGCAGACCUUCUUCGCCCGCCUGAAGAGGAUCGGAGGCAGCAAGUCUGUCAAGUACCAGCCUGUGGAGCUGAACGCACAGAAGAGUGAGAUCGAGCUUUCGGAGUACCGUGAGGCCAGCGCCCUGCAGGACAGCCUCCUGCACUGCGUGAGAGAGGAGAGCACCAGGAAGAAACGCCUGCAGGCCAUGCACAAGCAGAAGUCCCUGGACAUCACCAACACCGACUCCAUCCUCUACAACCUGGACGAGCACCGACGCAAGUCCUGCAUCGACCGCUGCGACCUGCAGGUGCCGCCCGCGCCCCCGUCCUCCACCACCUCCAACCCCCGGCGGGGCGAGCCCCAGGGGAAGAGCUCCUCUGACGGCUCGUCGUGUCGGGUGGAGGCCGGGGAGGCCUGGGACCAGCGGGGGUCGCGCGGGGGUCAGUCGAACAGCUCCAGGCCGGUCAUCCCAGAGGUGCGUCUCAGCUGCAUGGAGACGUUGGAGGACAAGCCCGGCCUGGACUCUCCCCUCUCCGGGGGCUCGGUCCAGGGGAAGGACGACCCGGACCUCAUCGACCUCUCCUCCGACUGCACCUCCAUCCCGGAGAAGCACUCCAUCCUCUCCAUGUCCGACAGCGACUCUCUGGUGUUCGAGCCCCUGCCGCCGCUGAGGAUCGUGGAGAGCGACGAGGAGUUCGACCUGAGCGCCGUGGUGGGCGUCCGCUUGAACGGCACUGCCCGAGCCCAUGCCUCUCCGCCCGGCAGCAGGGCGCCGAGGCUGUCCCCCGUGGAGGACAGCUCCAGGGAGCGGAGGACCACAGAGGCCCCCCCUAGAGGGAGCCCCCUGCAGCUGGGAGAGAAGAGGCCCAGCCUGCUGACUCCAAACGCCUCCCUGGACCUGCCCGACCGGCCGGAGCUCUCCAGAGAUCAGGGUCUGGAGAGCCCCCUGACCCUGAAGCAGAAGAGGGAUCUGCUGAAGAAGUCGCCCGCCGUCCCUGACUCGUCUGUGGAUGACAUGUGCCCCGAGGCCGGGGUGACGCUGGGGUCCAGUCCCUCCGGCAGGACCAUCUUCCUGGACAUCCCAGAGGACACAGCCGUGCCCCUGACCCCGGAACACCCGGACAACAGCAACGGGGACGAGGAGGAGGAGGAAGACGAGGAAGACUACGAGCUCGGGGACGAGGACGACAGCGACCUGAAGCCGGACGACGAGGACGACGAGGACGAGGCCGAGUUUAAGAUCCAGAUCGUGCCGCGGCAACGCAAGCAGAGGAAGAUCGCCGUGAGCGCCAUCCAGAGGGAGUACCUGGACAUCUCCUUCAACACCCUGGACAAGCUGGGGGAGCAGGCUGCCGAGGCCGAUCACAAGGUUGUGUCUGCCCUGGACAAGUCUCGCGAGUCGGCCUCUGCCCCCACCCUCCAAGCUGCUAAACCUGAAGCCAGCAACCGUUCCUCAGUGUCAACUCAGUACCGCCAGGUGAAGAGAGGCUCUCUGGGCGCUCUGACCAUGAGCCAGCUGAUGAAGAGACAGCUGGAACACCAGUCCAGCGCCCCCCACAACAUCAGCACCUGGGAGACAGGUGAGACAUCAGGGGAUGAGGCGAGGGGGGAUUUGAAUCUGAAGCUUCUUGAUCUACAGUCAAGUGCUCUAACCACUAAGCUACACCCUCCCCUACUGGUGUUUGGUGAGUGUCUCCUAAAGGCUGAUGUAGCUGUGUUGUGUCCAGGCCCCACCAAGACCAGCCUGCUCUCGGCCCCCAGCACCGUCAGCAUGUUCGUGCCCGCCCCCGAGGAGUUCAUCGAUGAGCAGCCCGCCACCAUGACUGACAGGUGUCGUGACUGCGGGGCGGUGCUGGAGGAGUAUGAUGAGGAGACCCUGGGUCUGGCUGUGGUGGUUCUGUCCAUGUUCGUCCACCUCAGCCCUGAGAUGGCAGCUCCCCUGCUGCUGGACAUCGUGCAGUCUGUAGGAAGGCUGGCUUCCAGUGGCAACUGCUCUGGACAAGCUGAAAGCCUGCUGAUCCCGGGGAACGCGGCGGGCGUGGCCAAGCAGUUCCUGCGAUGUGUGUUUCACCAGCUGGCUCCUAACGGGAUCUUGCCCCAGCUCUUCCAGAGCAACAUCAAAGAUGUGAGCUUCCUCAGGACCCUGGCUUCUUCCCUCAUCGACUUUAACGAGUUGAGCUCUGUGGCCGCGCUGAACCAGCUGUUGGAGGGUCUAAACAACAAGAAGAGCCUGCCAGCAGGGGGCACUAUGCUGCACUGCCUGGAGAACAUCGCCACCUUCAUGGAGGCUCUGCCCAUGGACUCCCCCAGCAACCUGUGGACCACCAUCUGCAACCAGUUCCAGACCUUCCUCACCCGGCUGCCCUCUGUGCUGCCUCUGAAGUGUCACCUGGACUCCGGUCUGAGGAUCCUCAUCUGCCUGCUCAAGAUCCCGACCACCAGCGCCACGCGGAGCUUACUGGAGCCCUUCUCCAAGCUGCUGAGCUUCGUCAUCCAGUACGGCAUCUUCAGCCUCUCCUACCUGGUGGAGCUUUGCGGCCUCUGUUACAAAACCUUCAACAAGGAGAGGGACAAGUUCUACAUGUCUCGUAUCGUGGUGCUGGAGCUUCUGCAGGCCCUGAAAUUCAAGUCCCCUCUCCCGGACACAAACGUGCUGCUGCUGGUUCAGUUUGUGUGUGCAGACAUUGGCACAAGGCUAGCAGAGUCCACCAUCAUUCAGAAGCACAUGAUCUCAUCCUUACCAGGGUGCACGACAGCUGCCAUGGAGUGCAUGCGACAGUAUGUCAGUGAGUUGUUGGACUUCAUAGCAGACAUGCACACGCUGACCAAGCUGAAGAGCCACAUGAAGGCCUGUUGUCAGCCUCUCCAUGAGGACACCUUCGGGGGGAACCUGAAGGUGGGCCUGGCGCAGGUGGCUGCCAUGGAGAUCAGCAAGGGCAAUCACCGUGACAACAAGGCCGUGAUUCGCUACCUACCCUGGCUCUACCAUCCCCCGUCCGCCAUGCAGCAGGGGCCCAAGGAGUUCAUUGAGUGUGUGUCCCACAUCCGCCAGCUGUCCUGGCUGCUCCUGGGCUCCCUGACCCACUGUGCCCUCCACCAGAGCUCCACCACCUGCAUGCCCAUCCCUCUGGACGCAGGCUCGCACAUCGCAGACCACCUCAUCGUCAUCCUCAUCGGCUUCCCGGAGCAGUCCAAGACGUCCGUGCUGCACAUGUGCUCGCUGUUCCACGCCUUCAUGUUCGCCCAGCUCUGGACCAUCUACUGUGAGCAGGCAGCCGCAUCUCCCGCCCUCCAGAACCAAAACCAGUCGGAGUUCACCUCCAACGCCAUCCUGACCGGCCUGGAGUUCUGGAGCAGGGUCACCCCCAUCAUCCUGCAGAUCAUGGCCCACAACAAAGUGAUGGUGGAGAUGGUGUGUCUACAUGUUAUCAGUCUGAUGGAGGCUCUACAGGAGUGCAACUCAACCAUCUUUGUCAAGCUGAUCCCCAUGUGGUUGCCGAUGAUCCAGUCCAACUUAAAGCACCUGUCUGCAGGGCUCCAGCUGCGCCUGCAGGCCAUCCAGAACAGAGUGAACCACCAGUGUCUGCAGGGCCAGGCUCCUGGAGCCCUGCCCACCGCCCUGCGCAAGUGGCUGCAGUGCACCCAGUUCAAGAUGGCUCAGGUGGAGAUCCAGUCUUCAGAGGCAGCCUCCCAGUUCUACCCCAUGUGACCUGUUCUCCAAUCACGUCGGGGGGAGACGACGCCGAUCCCCUCCGCAGGACCAGCAUGCACCUGUCCUGUCUGCUUCCUGCCCUUCCAAACUUCAGGUUGUCGCCACUGCGUCGGCCGGCCUGUCACAGACUGUGAUACGGACGCUAGCUCUCUUCAGCACCCGGUGUACUUGUUAUGUAAAAAGCGAGGCUGUUUGCGUGCGCUGCCGGAGGGAUGGCUGGUAUGAGCUUGGGCAGGCGUGUAGGGGCACAAGGGUCCAAGCAGAGGAGUUCAGGUGUGGGACAGCUGUGUGCUGCAGACAGGAGACAUGAGCAGGGGACACCGUCUAAACAAUCUCUCUGUGGACGGUUCGGAUAUGAAAGCCGCACUUUCUUUUUUUUUUUUAUCGCUUGGUCGCAAGCCAGAUGACUGUAUAAACAAUAAAAUCACUUUC